AUGACCUCCGAAACCGACAAUAUCGUCCGCCCAGUAGGCACAGCCGCCAAAUUCAACACCAGCCGGCACAGCCUGGGCCUCUACCGCUCCGUCAUCAACACCAGCCGCUACACGGUCUCAAGGACCCUCCUGCAGCAACAGCAGACCUCACUAGCAACGGUGAUCGAAAACGCGCUGGCGGCCGUGGUGCUGCGCCAUGGCCUCCUGCGCGUGGGCAUCGCGGGCGAGGACACCAAGGAGCCGGCCUUCGCGCACCUGCGCGCCAUCUACAUGAGGCGCAUGAUCGAGUGGGAGGAGCUGCGCGUCAGCAGCGAGGAAUGGGACGAGCGCCUGCUGCGCUCCCUCGAGAGGCGCCAUGAGCUGCUGUGGGAGGACCUGGCGCGCAAGCCGGGGUGGAAGAUCGUGGUGCAUCAUGAUCCGCGGGAUACGGGCACGGCGCUUCACGGUAAUAAUAUCACCGAAGCCGUGAGUUUGGAUAUCUCAUUCUGCUUCCACCACGCAUACGCCGACGGCAAAAGCGGCGCCAUCUUCCACCGGGAUCUAGUGUCCGCGCUCAACAGCAACUCCGCCAGCGCAUCACAUUCACAGCAGUCGCCCCCGGAACUCCAGAACCACAUCCUCCCCCUGCCCAGCCCACCCGCCCUCCCACCACCCCUCGAGACCCUCGUGCCGCUCCCGCUCUCGUGGCCGUUCCUCCUGCGCACGAUCUGGGCGGAGCUGCUGUACCCAGUCCUCGUGCCGGCCUUCGCGCAGCGCAUGUUCGCGCAGGAGAUGCCCUGGACGGGCGGCGUGAUCGAUGCCUCGAGCGCCGUGGUGCGGCAGCGGCUGCUGCAGAUCCCGCAGAAGGAGCUGGUACGGGUGCUGGAUGCGUGUCGGGCGCGGGGCGCGACGCUGACGGGGCUGGUGCAUGCGCUGGUGCUGGGGGCUCUGUGCUGGGGUGGGAAGAUGCGGGACGAAGCGGCGCACGCGUUUAGGGGCGAGACGCCCAUCUCGCUGGCGGGCUAUGCGGAUCCCAAGUUCACAGACGUGUUUCGCGCGGAGGACUCGAUGCAUUGUCUCGUCACGGCGCAUGUGAGUGUGUUUGAUGCCGUGCUGGUGAAGAGGUUUCGGCGGGCUGGCUCUCGAACCGAGGAGAGAGAGGCACUUGUCUGGGACCUCGCCGCGGACGUGACGAAGAACCUGCACAAACGCGCUGCGGAACUGCCGCGGGAUGACAUCUUGGGCUUGCUGCACUUCGUCUCGGACUGGCAUGAUUUCUUCCGCAAGAAGCUGGGUAAGCAGCGGGAGUGCAGUUGGGAGGUUAGUAACAUUGGGAGUAUGAAAUCCCCGAAGGGGGCUAUUAUGGAUGGGGGUAGCGAUGGCUGGUGCAUCGUGAGGUCCGUCUUCACCCAGGGUGCGGCUCCGGCGGGCGCUGCGUUCAAGGUCAACGUUGCGGGUGUUGAGGGCGAGGGCCUGACGCUCGCGGUUAGUUGGCAGGAGGGGAUUGUGGAUGAUGAGGUCAUGGAGGGGGUUGUUCGGGAUAUGGGGCGCUGGCUGCACGGGUUGGGUGAGGGUGGGAGGUUGGAUCUAUAA